CCUGAGCCGAGACGCAUCUCUUCGUGGUGACUUUUUGGCGUCUCGCUCCAAAAAAACAUUAAAAUAUUCACUUUUUAUUCAUUUUAAAUGAGUUGCAGAGGGGACAGCGAUGAAGACAGCUGCAGCAAACGACGGGUCGCCUAUGUUUACAGCCCGGAAUACAUCGAGACUUGCGAUACUUUAUCCAAAGUCCCAAACCGGGCUAGUAUGGUCCACUCACUCAUAGAAGCCUAUGGACUGCUUGAUCACAUGAGCAUUGUGAAACCUCAUGCGGCCACCAUCGAGGAAAUGGCCAAAUUCCACACAGACUCCUACCUGGAACAUCUUCAUAAGAUCAGCCAGGAUGGAGACAACGAUGACCCCCAGUCAGCCGACUACGGCCUCGGUUAUGACUGUCCGGUGGUGGAGGGCAUCUUCGACUACGCGGCAGCAGUAGGAGGCGCUACACUAUCGGGGGCCCAGUCUCUGCUGGACCAGAAGUUUGAUGUGGCCAUUAACUGGGCGGGAGGGUGGCACCAUGCGAAGAAGGACGAGGCCUCGGGGUUCUGCUACGUGAACGACGCCGUGCUGGGAAUCCUCAAACUGAGAGAGAAAUACGAGAGGGUGCUGUAUGUGGAUGUGGACCUGCACCAUGGAGACGGUGUGGAAGACGCGUUCAGCUUCACUUCCAAGGUCAUGACCGUCUCCCUGCACAAGUUCUCUCCUGGAUUCUUCCCUGGCACCGGGGACCUGUGCGACACGGGACUCGGAAAAGGUCGCUGGUACGCAGUGAACGUCCCGCUGGAGGACGGCAUCAAGGACGACAGAUACUACCAGCUUUUUACUAGCGUCAUGCAGGAAGUGCGAGCGCAGUUCAACCCGGAGGCGCUGGUGAUGCAGCUGGGGGCCGACACCAUGGCGGGAGACCCAAUGUGCUCCUUCAACAUGACCCCGGUGGGGGUGGGCAAGUGUCUGCAGUAUGUCCUGCAGUGGCAGCUCCCCACCCUGCUGCUGGGAGGAGGAGGAUAUAACCUUGCUAACACCGCUCGCUGUUGGACCUACUUGACGGGGGCGGUGCUGGGAAAGACUCUUUCUUCAGAAAUACCCGACCACGAGUUUUUUACAGAAUACGGACCAGACUACUCGCUGGAGAUCAGCCCGAGCUGCAGACCAGACCGCAACGACAACAAACACCUGGACCAGGUCGUCAGCACCAUCAAAGGGAAUUUAAAGAAUGUGGUUUAAGGAGUCGGCAGCCUCGGCCUCCUCCGCUCACACACACACACUCUCAACACACACACACACACACACACACACACACACACAAGGCAUGUGUCCAAACCAGGUCGACUCUCGCCGGCUGUAAUGAAGACAAUAUGCAGCGGACCCCUUCGGCCCAGAGGCAUGGAGCGAAUGAGGGAGGGGAAAAAAGAGAAGAAGAGAGGGGUUUGGAAAACAUUAGCCGAGUGUUUCCAGGGGAAAACAGUUUAAUAAGUGGAGGGGAGGGAAAGAAAGGGGGGUGGCUGAUGUGGUUUGCUCUACAAUGUUCACUGUUUUUAAUUCUUUCUGGAAAAGGUAUGCGUGUUUACGUGAGCGGGAGAGUUGACGGUAUGUUCAGCGCGGUUAUGUAAAAAAAAAAAAAAAAAAAAGUGUUUCGCUGUCGAGGGAUGCGUGUUAAAGCCGAAUGGAAAAAGCAGAUUUUUCUGGAGUCCGGUUUCACCGUCACCCCCCCCCACCCCGAGGACAGAUAAGCACUAAAACAGACAGGCGUCCCUCAAAGGGCGCUGCUGAGACCUUGAGUUUUUCUGGACAUGUCCGGAGAGUCGUGAAAAGUAUGUCGAAAGUUUGGGAAAUAAGCCGGUUACACCAUUUU